AUGCUGGAAAUACAAGUCAUAGAGGCACGCACAAAUGUGAAGUUUGUGAUGAAAAAACACCCAGCGGCGUUCAUUUGUUUGGACUGCAAAGAAAACAUGUGCAAAGCUGCAGCUCAGUUCCAUAAACGCAGCAAAACAAGUCGUGACCACCGGGUUGUUUCCCUCGAGGAGCUGAAAGCAAACCGUCAACUGGCUUCUGUAUCUGUUCUCUGUCCAGAACAUAACGAUCAAUUUCGCUUUUUUGACAAAGAAUGUGGUCGUGUUAUUUGUAGGGACUGUUACGCUCUUAAUCACAGCGGGCACAAGUGUGUAAUUGUAGCUGAAGCUGCUUCAAAGUACCGACAGAAAAUGGAGGCGCUUGUCACCAAAGCCAGCUCUCAAGUCGAAAAGAUUAAAGCUGCUAAAUAUCAAGUAUUGGCAGAAGUUGAUUUUAUGGAGGAAGCUCGCGAAGAACGGCGUGCUGAAAUUCAAGGCUUUUUUAGAGAAGUAAGUAUCUUUGUCAUUAGGUCGAAAGAUCGAGAAGGAGCAAACAGUAUUUCUAAGCACUUACGAGUUAUAAUCAGCAUCUUGCCUGCCUAACAGCCUUUCAUGCUGGCAGUUAGAUAAAGCUCAGCAUUAUAUAUAUAUCAACUUGGCAUACAGAAACCACGAUUUGUUAAUACUUAUCCUUAACUAAGCCGAGCAAUGAUUAGAUAUUUAAGGGUAGUUUGCCCCUUGAACAUGAUUAUUGAACCUCGUAGCUACUGCUAGCCUCCCACGCAGACGCAACGCGUGACGAAGCCCCAAAGAACGUCUGCGUUAGAGGCUGCCUCGUAGCAUAUGUGAAGACGUCUCCUAUUUCUCUUUUACGCAGGCCACGCACCUCGGAACGCACCAAUCCACCGCUUUUUGUUUUGAUUGUUUGUGUGGAAUAGAUCCGUGGAUAUUACAAGUAAGCGUUUACUUUUUUAUAUUUAUAGCUUCAUUCCGCAUUAUCUAACCGAGAGCAAGUUUUGAUGGAUAAGUUGUUCAGUAUAUGUCAACUCAAGGAAUCCAUCCUAUUGGGGCAGCUUGACUAUUUGCAAGUAAGCCAAACAUUUUUAGAGGAUGCACUCCAUCGCGCAAAGUCCUCCAUCCAAUCACCGAGCGAUGUUCAGUUCCUACUCAGCAGGCCGGAUAUAGUCUCCACGCUCAAGACCGAAAAAUGCUACUCAGUGGUGCUUGAGCCAGAGGCGCAGUUUUUACCGGAGUUCACCAAGAAAGAAGAGGAGGGAAUGGUGAGAAUUCAAAUUUUGAUUUUAGUUAUCCAUGAAUUAGCCUCGGACCCAGACUAACGGUUUUCUUCCAGCGCCAUUCUUUUCUCCUGGAUGAAUUGUCUAGCAGGUAUUCUUUACAUAGCAGUGUCACCUACCCUCGUCGCGGACGUUUUUCUUGAAAAUUUUCUCUGCGUAAGAGAGAACGAGUUGCGCAAAGCGGCGACCUGGGACCAGGGUAGUUGUCAUUUGUCGAGUAGUAUAUGUUCAUUUCCGUGUGAAAUUUUCCACCAUUAUUCUUUAGCUCUACCAAUAGAGCCUGAGCUGAGCUAACACAACCUCUUUCCCAGGGGGCCACAGUUGUCUACCUUUUUCUGCAGUUAUCCAGCACCAUUAACGCCUUUUUUUGAGAUACCGCUUACGUCAUCCAAAUUUGGUCAACGCUAACUAGUUUUGAAAAAUUUACCGAGGAUUUGGGCCAAUCAGAAACGGAGAAAUAUUAAUCUCUUUUUACAAUAUAGUGGAUACAACGCCCGUUGCCUGUGUUGCAGUCACUCCACAGUCCACACCGCCUGUAUAGACUAUGUGAGAAACUGGGACUCAAUAUCACGUGUUGUCGUUUUGGGAACAUACCACCCCCCACGAGCUUUUCCCUUGCUCGAAGACUCUGAGUUUUUAAUGAUGUUGUUGUCUCUAACUAUUAUUCUGACAAGCUGCAUUGCUAGUCUGAAGGUUUUGAAUUAUGAUCGUGAAGAUCACCUGAAGAAAGUCUACGAUUGUGUCUGUUUUAUUCAGACUACACCAAUGGUGUGGGCCAGCAUUGCGCAUAGUCGUUGCCCAUGAUCGAUUAGAGUACAGACACACCAAAAUACUUUCUUAGUUCACAAAUAUGUUUCUCUACGAACUCAUCCAUAAGUUGCUUAAAAUAUGGUUGUCGCAAAGACAAUUUUAUUCUAUAAAACGGCUAAUAAAGGGAAAAUCGAGUGAAAGAUGACUAAGCGUGCCAAGUAACUCGUUUUUUAUUAAAUGAGCUUUUCAAAAUUGAAUUUGUAAUGUAACCCCUGUGUAAAAUGCAACGAUCUUUUUCAGCCUAUAAAGUGCCGUUCCAACAAGAGUAUAGGGGAGGUUAUCCAGAGUGCAGGAGACAUCAGUGACAUAUCAACCUGUGCAGCAAACAGUACUGCAACUGGCCGGGGAAUAGCAACUGCAAACCCUAGAAGAAAGGCGACAUUCACUAUUACUUCUCGCGACAGCCGAAAUUUUCAACGCAAGCUCGGUGGUGACGUGUAUGAGGCGAAACUGAAGCGAGCUGUGGGAGGAGACGAAAUAAAGGUAGAUUUAAACGACCGAAAUAAUGGAACUUAUUUGGCAGAAUAUACUGUCGACAAGUUGUAUGGUAAAUUGACAUUGUCCGUGUGCUUGCGAGGUGCACACAUUAAAGGCAGCCCUUUUGUUGUAAAUGUUGCACCUCUUCGUAAUGUGGAGAAGCCAAAUCCAUCUUGUGAAGAAAUUAUGGGAAACUAUGGCACCCGUUGUGAGAAAGGGUUUUUCUAUUAGGGCGAUUGGUUCAUGUAAUAAAUUUCAGUGAAAUAAUAUUUAGUAUUUCUUGGUUAAGCUGCAUCUUAUUUUAAUAUUUUCCAUAACAGGAAACUGGAGAAUUGUUGCAGAGAGGGGGGGUUUUCAAUUGGUAUAACUCGUACAAGUCAAGUAAUUUGCAAAACCUCAACAACAUCGACACAAAACCGCACACUACACUUGGUUUAUUAUAACAUAGAUUGUCAAAACUUACUGUUCUGGGACGGAUUGCCAAAACUGUGGAGGUGACUUCACUCUUCUUUCAGAAAACGGCCCUUUUAGGAGCUACCACAUAAAGAUUAGUAGAUGCGAUCUAAUAUCAGACAACCAAAGAACAACAUUUAACUAUGUAAUGAACCCACGGCUUUCUGUUUCGUUUCAUCUGACUCUGAGAUCUAGGGGCAGUUAUUUAAACGAAGUCUAACUUUUAAGAAUGCAAAUCUUUGGACCCCAUAUAUUUUCCUUAGAGGGUUAUUUUAAGAAGAUAAAUGCUUUUCUAGUCUUCUCUGUAUGCCAGUUUCGUAUAACAGUUCACAAUAAACAGUUUAGAUUAAACCGUUGGGCAAAUUGAAAAUGGCUUAUUAGAACGUGGUUUUGUUAAACACUGGCAAAACUACGUUUAAAUGACUGGCCCUUAGUGAUUAGGGAUACAAAACUGAGUGAAUCAAGUUCCAAAGGGGAAGUAAAGGGGGAGAAAAAAGCAAUCGAAAAAGAGCAAGGGCGGAACUGGUUUGGAUCCCCCUCUCCCUUUACACGGAUCGUUAGUAAAACCCGUUGCACGACUUGUACGACUCCGGUCCUACCUUUAAAACCCAUCUCUUCGCUGACAAGAUUCAGUUUUAAUAGUUGACUCGUAUGACUCGUACUAGUCGUACCAUUUUAAAAAAAACCUCUCCCCAAGUAACCUACGUCAUUUUGUCUCUCAGUGAUCUCAACCAAUCGCAAUAAAUGGUAUAUAUUGUUUUACAAAUCGUAGCGCUUGAAUCUCACUUUAACAACUCGUCAUUCCUUUUUUUGGCUCUCGUUCCAAAAUUUCUCGACGAACUCGCGCGGAAACGCUUGCUACGCAGGCUAACAAAAUUGUAAUUGCCCCCGCAGGGAUUUCGCCCAGAAGGCCAAAUCCCGAGGAGGCACUCUGGUAACUCGCGCGUAUAUUAAGGAAAGUACUUACAGUUGAAAUAUACAGUCAUUCAGUCAAUAUAGAAAAAAUCUCGAUUUGCUUGAACAGGGGCCGCGAGGAAUCGGUAGGUAAUGAUGACGUUUCUAUUGUUUGCGCCCGCAAGUACGAAAUGGUUAGGAUGACGUAAAACACAAAAAAUCCCGAAGGAACAGCUUACAAUAGGUAGAUUUUGUGACACUUGUGCAGUCACACUUCGAUACUCUUUUGUGUUAAGUGUUAUCAGUGACAUUCUGUGGAGCAGUUGUUAUGAAAGUUAUGGACCAAAAGACACUCGUUAAGCCGAGAUGAAGUUAUAAGGUGCGUAGAACAGUGUAUAUUUUAAUACUAAUUGAGUUUGCCAGACACGAGUUCACAAAUCUUUGAUUGGAAACCUUGAGCUGAACCUUGCCAGAUCGCUCUUUCUCUGUCUUUGACCGGAAUAAGACUCGGCCCAACACAAGCAAGACGAGUGAAUGAUUCAACGGCUAGCUUAUCACUAGUAGAACGAUGGACGAUUACAGAAAUUCGCCGACCAUCANCUCGUUCCAAAAUUUCUCGACGAACUCGCGCGGAAACGCUUGCUACGCAGGCUAACAAAAUUGUAAUUGCCCCCGCAGGGAUUUCGCCCAGAAGGCCAAAUCCCGAGGAGGCACUCUGGUAACUCGCGCGUAUAUUAAGGAAAGUACUUACAGUUGAAAUAUACAGUCAUUCAGUCAAUAUAGAAAAAAUCUCGAUUUGCUUGAACAGGGGCCGCGAGGAAUCGGUAGGUAAUGAUGACGUUUCUAUUGUUUGCGCCCGCAAGUACGAAAUGGUUAGGAUGACGUAAAACACAAAAAAUCCCGAAGGAACAGCUUACAAUAGGUAGAUUUUGUGACACUUGUGCAGUCACACUUCGAUACUCUUUUGUGUUAAGUGUUAUCAGUGACAUUCUGUGGAGCAGUUGUUAUGAAAGUUAUGGACCAAAAGACACUCGUUAAGCCGAGAUGAAGUUAUAAGGUGCGUAGAACAGUGUAUAUUUUAAUACUAAUUGAGUUUGCCAGACACGAGUUCACAAAUCUUUGAUUGGAAACCUUGAGCUGAACCUUGCCAGAUCGCUCUUUCUCUGUCUUUGACCGGAAUAAGACUCGGCCCAACACAAGCAAGACGAGUGAAUGAUUCAACGGCUAGCUUAUCACUAGUAGAACGAUGGACGAUUACAGAAAUUCGCCGACCAUCAAGUUCUGUGCUGACUUAUUCCCUGCUCACAGAUGUCCUUCCGCUAUAAAGUUUCAAAUAAGACUAGAAUGCGCGAGCGUGAAUUUGAUCAAACGUCCUUUUAAUUUCUAAGGCUUACCUUCCGGCAAAUGAAAUGAACUAAAUGUAAAAAGUGAAAGAAAUAGCGAAAAAUUAACGUUCUCAUUAAAUCUUUUCUUAUGGUUUAGAAUAAACUAUUCUUGAAACUGAGAAUGAUUAUGUUUUGAUCAAAGCUGUGUAAAUCGAACCGAAACUGUGCAUGGAACCUUGCGUUUAUUCCCUGCAUUUAUCUCACCUAUUGUAUGGAAUAUGUGUGAACAUCUUCAUUAUGAAUCGGUAUAUUUCAAAGAGCUACACAAGGAGCAGUUAUCAGUCUAAACAUCUUCAAUUUAGAUCUGAUAGGAUAUAUAACAUUUCCUAAAGUAGAUGCUCUUUGUCGUAAGAAUGACAACUGAUGUUUUUUUUUGGCAGAGAUGUGGAAUCUUUAAAGGUACCGAUUAUUUUCCUCGCGUCACAGCUAUAUCCAUUUUUUUAAUCUUAAAAAUAAAAUCAUUGUUGUAAACUUGUUCAGGGUCUCUCCUGGUAAAGCCCAAAUAGGGUUAGACUUGCUACAAGUCCCGUCCCGCGCCAUAUGAAAUCCGACGAAGGACUUUUUUGAAAGUCUAAAAUAGGGUUUGCUUAGAGCUUCUACCCAGGUAUAAUAUAGUCUGAUAAUAUACAAAUUUGAAGGGUGGAGUGAUUUUACUUGAACCGUGGAACAUAAUAACAUAUAGUGCAAGAUAGCAAGAGGUAAACAAAGUAAGCAAAAGAAGACAAUGCCUAGGCCCUUUGCAACUAGCCAUUCACGUGGUACGAAGCCGCCAUGCUGGAGAGCAAGAGAAGCACUGGGACAAGACACACAAAGAAAAUUACUAUUUAAAACUAGUAAUAACCAAAGGUUACGAAGUGCGGACGGCAACGAUCGAAGGUCAAAACGCUUUUGCUCCAUCACUGGGUGGCCUAGUGUGCGUUGAGUAAGCUUCACUAGAGGAGUAGUCAAAACACGCUUGAUCAGAUUACGAGUGAUAGAAAGUCUAAACGCACGUGAUCAAAUUGCGUUGUGCGGAUUCCAUUCUUUCUUACUGGAAGUCCAAACGAAUGCUGGCUGCAUGCAUGCGACGCAUGCGUAAUAAUGUCCUAGAGAUUAGGAUUGCGGGCUCCUCUUUUCGCCCGCAAUUAUGUAUGCCUUUUGUUUGUCUUGUCACGGUGUGACUUUUGCUCUCCAACAUGGCGGUUUUGUAUCAUGUGAAUGGCUAGUUGCAAAGGGCCUAACAAUAGUGCGUAGUAUUCGACUAGCUUUUUCAUGGAUUAAGUAAAAUCACUUUAAAACGUUGACAUCAAUAAAGAAAGGUAUUGCAUGACCUAGUCUGCCCGAGAAAUAUAGUAUCCGAGGAGCUCUUUAUUUUUUGUAGUGUCUUUGAGGCCGUAACCCCAAUAUGACAUUUGAGGGUGAAUAUGUGAAUGGGUAAUAGAUAAAUUUAAGAAGUAUUUGCCAAGGUAUAAAAUGACGCAAAUUAACAAGUAAGCCAAUUGGUUACUGAUUUCUAAAGAAACAAGAUAUAUAAUGUUGCAGCAAAUAUAAGUCUUAUCGUCGCAUUUAAAUAAAGGUACAAUAAUUUGUAGUCAUUUUCAAUUUCAAGGGGUAUACUGAAUAUUGAGUAUUUUGACACUAAAUCUCAUCUACGGCAUUAAUUAAAAUAAAAAAAAAGUAAACUCCUCAAAUGUUUCAGGAUUGUUUAUGAUGUUUUGUCUGUUGUGACCAGUUAGAGCAAAGGUCAGAGCUCGCGAACAAACCACAAAGCCAUAAACUAUUCUCACUACAUAUUUUUAUUCUUAGCCUGAAACGCGGGAAAGGAGUCCGUCGUGUUAGGCCUGCGUGCUAGUAGCAUGAUGCAUUGCAGCCUCGCUUCAAACUUAACUCUUGGCCAGGGCUGAGUUGUUCAAAGCUGGAUUCAGAUAUUUGAAAACUUAAAAAGCAGUUCAGUUUUAAUUCUUUUUGUCUACAAGUUGAUGAUUGGAAGCUCUAAAAAUAACACAGAAAAUUAUCUGAGAAAAUGCUUUUGAACACAAGAAAGAGAACUGAACCCGGGUUUAAUUUAACCUCGGCAUAAGCGCUGAUGGGCCUUCGAACAACGGGGCCCAGUUCAACGAAAUUCGGUGGAAGUUACGCCGAAGUUUUGCCCCUCCCAGCAGUGUUGUCAAAUGCAGCUGGUAAAAUAACCCAGCUUUAGUUGAAGCAUUCGAUUUCUAUUCAUCAAUAAAAACGGUUUUUACAAAAGCUUGAAUUUCCAAAUCCAAUUUUUUGUCGAAUUGAGAAACUUGCUUUUUUCAUAUUACUGCACUGCUGGUAAUUUUCUUCUUUGCUUAUGUGGUCGACUAGUUACAACUGUGCAAGUAAUCACGUUCUGUCUUACUGAAUUUCUUUUUAAAAACUAACGGCGACUGCCUUAUCCCGGCGAAUUAUUGUCAUUUUAUAGAAUAGGGCCCCUUUUUAUUUUUGAAACGACUCCAGUUGUUAUUAAAUUGGAAAUGUUAGAACGUUUAUGGAAACUUUUGUUUUAAUGAGCUGACAAUAUCAUCUGUUUAGAAUCUCAUCUGCCCUGGAGUAGAUACUCCCUUUAUUUGCCUAAACGGGCAGGCUCCGCCCGAAAGGGGUACCUUUUUUAGGUUUCAGGUAUAUAAAAGGGUAGGAAUUUACUAGUUUAAGGAUAUGAUAAGGAAGGGAAAAAUUGUCACCUUGGUCUGUACAAAGGCUAAAAAAGGACAAACAGAAGCAUUUUUAUAUUACCCGUGAAAAAGUCGCCAAAAGUUUUUGGUUUUUAACUUAUUCAUAUAUCAAAGACGGUGCAUUAACAGCAGUUUAAAGGGAUGCACAGUUCUAAGCUAGGUCAGCUAUCCUCUCUUGGCUACGUAUGUGAAAGGGGUACCAUUUGUUAAUAGGAGGUAAACGAGAGGGGUACCUUUACUGUCAAAAAUGGUAAAAAGGAGUUAGACCUUUGGGCGGAACAUCCCCGUAUGAUUUUUUUGAUCCCCGGAGCUCGUGCAUCUGUGGCCUCCAUGGGUACGGCUUCCUCGCGUGGUUUAAUCAGUCAAGGUGAGUGACAAUCGUAAUCCACCUCUGGACGCAUUGCGCAUUAAGGAAAAAAAAAAUUUGUUAAAACGCUCAAUACGGCUUUUUUAUUAUUAUUUGCGCGCACACCGAUAACUUAUUGCUGGUAGAUUCAGGCUUUAAUCUCAACCACCUCCCCUCCCCUGCAAGAGCAACAGUUUAUCACAUCAUCACGUGACCAAAUUUUUCAUGGCGGCAACAUGGCGGAAGUGAUGGUGGUGAAUGAGGUUCUUGUACUCGCUUUAUUGAGCUUUUUGCCUCACUUAAGGUAUGUAUAACUUCUUUACUUAAAGAAAUACAAGGUAGAGCUUAUUUUUAGGCAAUAGAAUAGACUAAUUCAUGCUUAUUCUCCGAUCACUUAGCUCGAUCACAGUCUCCAUCGAUGGGUACCCGCGCCGUCACAUUUAUGUAAAUUGAGCUUACAUUUGUUUGGAAAAUUUUGAUUUUCAAGUUCUCUUAUUAUUCUAUCAUCUAAAUGCAAGCUUUACAUCAAGAAAAUGUUUCUUUUUUUCUGUUUGAGGCCUUAUUUUACGUAAAUGAACAAAUGGGAUACUGUUUAUGUCUUGCAUAAUUAGCUAGUCUGUGAACAGGAUCUCUCACCUGAUUGGGGAAAAAAUAGCGAGGACAGGGAAAGGAAACGGGGGGAGAGAGCCAGGCUGUAGACAAAUAUUUGAGGCCGCUAUUCCGCCCUCUUGUAAUUAUCCUGCCGAUCAUCUGUCAAUAAGAUCGUUAUUUGUCAAUCAAUUUUGCAUGUGGAAAAAUUAAAGGGAAAUGAGCGGUGUUUUGCUCCAUCUGAAAACAGAGUGACAUGGAGCGUGAGCCUCAUUGUCCAUUUUGCAAAAAGUCGUUGAUCUCCAGUUGGAGAAUUAAUACAGUGCUGGUCUUUGGCAUUUCAAGAAAUAAGACCUUUCUGGUUGACAGUGGUCAAGACAGCGUUGUACUAGCGCAAGCAUUUGAAUCCUUGUGCAAGGAGAAAGGGGCUUUUCUGAUUUAAGCUGCUUAACUUGUGUGCGACAGGACGUUCGUCUUGCUAGUUCAGUUUCUAAUUUAACAAGCCCCUGCAGUGAGUGAACUUGGAAUGCGAAAGGUACAGAUACUAUCAUGACUUCUCCAGAAUGUGAAGCUCCCAAGACCAGUACAAAGAGAUCAACAGCGUUUUGAUCGCCGACAGGAAUUACACCUUCGGGCAUUUAUAGGUAGGCCUACACGACUUAACUCAUGCCAAAAUGCUGCUUGUUCCCACAAGUUUUUUCCUCUGCUGGCUAGAUUAUGCCCUGCAAGGUUCUACAUUUUCACUGAGCAAAUGUGAUUUUAUCUGCUUGUAUCACACUGAGAGGUCAUGGCACACAUAUCGAUUGACUGUGGUUUUUGUUUCUGGUCGGCAGAAUUUGCCUCUGAUGCAAGAGCAUUAUUUCUCUUUGACCUCUUUUGAAGCAUAAAGCCUUUUGUUGCAGCUGAAUAAGGGUCUUACUUUUGUCCAAAGUGCCUUCUGGAUCUGAAUAACUAAGCGAUUUUCUUUAGUCUGUGAAUGUAAUGUUUUUCUGCAAUGUUGUAUCACACUGGGCCCAGCUCGUUAGUUUUCUUUGUAGAAUGUUUAAAAAUUAUCACUGAUAGUGAUUUACAGAUCCAAAAUUACUGCAUCAACUAUGGAGAAUUGCAUUGUGGCUCGGUAAACUUCAGCUUAGUGUUUUUCUAAAGAUAGUGUGAGUCUUCUGUCUGGAGCGCAUAGUUCAUGCCUUGGUUAGUAAUAGCUUUUGAAUAAGCUUAUCAGUCUUUCGACUGUUUUGUUAUUGGCACUUUGUGAUCAAAUUGCGUGCUAGUUGCCGACCGAAAAAGCCGAUGUCUAUCAGACCUGUCAACAGUCAGUGUUCUCACCAAUAGGAGCUUGCAUCAGGAUCUGAUGUACAGUGGGUUCUGUGGAACAGCGGUCCCAAAUGUUUGUCUACAGGCCUUUUCGCUUUUCCCUCUCCCCAGUUCCUCGCUUGACCAAAGCAUAUCGUUAGCCUAUUGUAUAACCGGCCUGGUUGGAUCCACUUAAGAUGAGAAAGUUUCAUUCAUUUUAUCAACAGAAGUCAAAGUGCUUCUACCUCUGCAGUGGCAGAUCCAGAUCUUCAGAAAAGUGGGGGUGGGCCCAGUCAUCCAGACCCUGCGAUAAGGGGGGGAGGGGGGCUGUUAGGUGCCGGUCUCACAAAAAAAUUUUUUUCGGCCUGUUCUCAGUCCUUAGCCUCUCCUCUAGAUUUUGUUGGGAGCAAAAAUAUGUGCAUGAAUGCCUAGUAAUUAAAAUCUUUAAGUCACUACUUUUAUUUACAUCUCAAUCUUUUCCUUUGAAAUUGGUUAGCAGUGCCUCUGCAUGUCACAUGAAACAGAGGCUUUGGUUAAAAUUCCCCUUCCCCCUUAAGCAUGGGCACCUAAUUCCCUCCCCCCAACACCCUCCCCCAGAGGACUAUGGUUAUCAAAUUCCACCACCUCCACCACUUGGGAUGGCAAAGGUUUCAAGCCCAGUUGCAUAAGACAGCCACUUGGGUACCCACCACUUAUCAUAUGAAACAGGAUGAAACACUUAUAAAUCAGCUAUGGGUACUCUUAAGGUACUCUUUUACAAUUUUAUUGAAUAGAACAUACUUGCUGCCUUACAGGGUACAAUGUAACUGUCUUAGAGGCUCAUUUUAAGGUAGCUUUUGACUUUGUCAUAGUUACUUAGUUUGUAAAAUGACUGACUCACUUUUAUAUCUGAUGUACUGCUGUAAACUAUCAGUAGGUUUAUAAGUGGAGCUGUAGAUCAACUGAGCAGCUGCACCUGUUUUCUAAGAAUUCUCAUUUUGGCUUCAUGUGCUUCAGUCCAUGGUUGUUCGUCAUAUAUCUUCUUAAUGUCCUUUUCUCUAUCUCAUCUUUCAAUAAUAUUGUCCAACUAAUAUGUUGAAAGGCUCCUCCAAAAUUUAAUAAUACUGGGGAGGGAAGAGUACCAGCAACUGAACAGUGAUGCAGAUGAAAGCAAUGAAAGUGGAGGCAGUUAACUUAAACAUGCUGAAUUUGCAUGAUCUUUUGUUUUUCUUUUCAUUUUACUUUUUAAUUUAACUUACUUUUUAAUUCGUUUGUGCAAGUUAUGGAUUAUUUAUUCAUUUUAGGCAAUGACAUCGAAGAUACCAGAGUGUUCAAUCUGCUUUGAACAUUACAAUGACCAAAGCAAAUGUCCUCGGCUUCUGAGUUGUGGACACAGCUUCUGCUCAAGCUGUCUGGAGAGACUUCUCCAUGGUAACACCAUUGAUUGUCCCACAUGCAGAAAUCCAGGUGCUGUUCCUACUGGAGUGGAAGGACUGUUAAAGAAUUUUGCAUUAUUGGACAUUGUGAAUGACACACCCAAAGAAAACGUUGGGAGUAACACGGGCUCACAUGAUUGUGAAGCUUGUGGUGAGAAGCACCCUGUAAAUUUCUGCUGCCUUGACUGCAAAGAAAACAUGUGCAAAACUGCAGCUCAGUUUCAUACUCGCAACAAGGCAAGUCGUGAUCAUCAAGUUGUCUCCCUUGAGGAACUGGAAGCAAACCCUCAGCUUGCUUCUGUUUCCCUCAUAUGCCAAAAACACAAUGAUAAAUUGCGGUUUUUUGAUGAGAAAUGUGGUCAUGCAGUUUGUAGGGAAUGCGUCGCUCUUGAACACUUUGGUCACUUGUGUUUACCACUUGCUGAAGCUGCCUCAGAGUACGGAAAGGAAGUGAAAGAUUUAAUAAAAAAGACUAACGUGGAAACUGGAUCAGUGGUUGCAUAUGAACUGGAAAAGGCUCGACUUGAAAAGGAGGUGGGAUACCUGCAAGGCCUCCUUAAAAAGGUAAAGUUAAAAUAA